CCCCUCCAAUUUUGUGCCUCGGCUCGUCUCAGACGGCCGAAGCUCGCUCAAGAACCCCCAGCCGAAGCUCCCCAUCCCCGUCCAGCUUGACCUUCCCCUCGUCCAGAUACUUGAUAACCCACCUUGUCCUUGACAUCUCGAGAAUUCCCUUCACACGUGCAAAGACAAAUCGAGAAAGAAAAAAGAAGAAGAAGAAAAGCCGGCAUUACCAAACACAACAGCCAUCAUGGACGCGGCAUCUCUCUUCAACGUCAAGGACAAGAUCGUCCUCGUGACGGGCGGCGCAAAGGGGAUCGGUUACAUGAUCUCCGAGGGCUUCGUCGCCAACGGCGCCACCGUCUACAUCUCGUCCCGCGACGCCGCCGCCUGCGAGGCCGCCGCCGCGGCCCUGACCGCCCGCGGGCCCGGCACCGCCCACGCCAUCCCCGCCGACCUCCAGAAGCUCGACGACUGCCGCCGCCUCGUCUCGUCCCUCUCGUCCCGCACCGGCGGCCGCCUGCACGUGCUCGUCAACAACUCGGGCGCCGCCUGGGGCGACACUUUCGACACCUACCCGGACGCCGCCUGGACCAAGCUCCUCACCCUGAACCUCCACCGUGUCUUCACUCUGACCCAGCUCGCGGCGCCCCUUCUCGAGGCCGCCGCCGCCCCCGCCGAGGGCGACCCGGCCCGCGUCAUCAACAUCGGCAGCGUCGACGGCCUGCGCGUGCCGCUGAUGAGCAGCUUCGCCUACAGCGCCAGCAAGGCCGGCCUGCACCACCUGUCGCGCGCGCUGGCCCGCGAGCUGGGGCCCCGCGGCGUCACGAGCAACACGCUCGCGUGCGGACCCUUUGAGAGUAAGAUGAUGCAGGCCACGCUCGACUCCAUGCGGGACACUAUCGAGGCCGAGAUUCCCCUGCGCCGCAUCGGCACGCCCCAGGACGUCGCCGGCGCGUGCCUGUUCCUGAGCGGCCGCGCAGGCGCCUUCGUCACGGGCGCGACCAUCACUGUCGACGGCGGAAUCGUGCUGGCCUCCAAGCUGUGAG